GCUGGGCUUAGGCUCCGCGGGCCGGCGGGGGCGCCGCCAUGAACGCGGCGGUGGUGAAGCGGACGCAGGAGGCCCUGGGGAAGGUGAUUCGGAGGCCGCCACUGACGGAGAAGCUGCUGAGCAAGCCCCCGUUCCGCUACCUGCACGACAUCAUCACGGAGGUGAUUCGCGUGACCGGCUUCAUGAAGGGCCUGUACACGGACGCUGAGAUGAAGUCGGAUCACGUGAAGGACAAAGACGCGAAGAUCAGCUUCCUGCAGAAGGCCAUAGACGUGGUGGUGAUAGUUUCCGGAGAGCCGCUGUCGGCGAAGCCCGCCCGGAUCGUGGCCGGCCGGGAGCCCGAGAGCACCAACGAGCUGCUGCAGCGGAUCGGCAGGUGCUGCCUGAGCAAGCUGCCCAGUGACGACGCGGUGAAGAGAGUGCUGGCCGGAGAGAAGGGGGACGUGCAGGGAAGGGCCCCGCUGCCGUCUAAGCCUCACGAGUCGGACAACAGGAACGCGAGGGAAGAGGGGCCCGGGGCCCCCAAAGAUAAAGAGGGUAGAGGAAAUUCUGAAAUAAACGAGAGAAGUACAAGCAGAGAUCGAAAGCAGAAAGAACUGAAAGAAGAAAGCAAACCAAGGGACAAGGAAAGGGACAAGGAGAAGAUCAGGGAGACUGACCGUGAUCGACAUAAAGACCCUGAGAGAGACAAGGGCCGCGAAGGGGAGAGAGAGAGGACCAGGACCCGGGCCAGGCUCGACAGGGACAGAGAGAGAGGCAACAAGGACCGGGACAAGGAUUGGGACCGCGAGCGAGAGAGGAGGAGCGAGGGAGGAAAAGAAAAGGAGCGGUGGAAGGACCGGGAGAAAGAGCGCGAGCGAGACAAGGGCAGGGACAGGGACAGGGACAGGGACAGGCGGAGGGUGAAAAACGGGGAGCAUGCCCGGGACCCCGGCAGGGAGAAGAGCCGAGAGCAGGAUCAGCCGGAGAAGAAGUCAUCAAGCUCCAGGGAGGUGUCUAAAAAGUCGUCAGAUGGACCUUUUAAAGACUCCAAAGCGGAAACAGAGGCGGAGCUCUCCCCUAGAGCGUCCAGGUCUGUGACCACAAAGACCUCCAGACGGCGCUCCAAAGCCUCAGUGGAAGGACCGACUGAAGCCAACGCUCACCCAGCCAGUGUCGCAGAGGGCAGCUCAGCCGGCCUGUGGCGGGACCGCCCUGAGCCAGAACCGGCGGCGACGCGGAAAGGUGACUCCCCGAGCGACGCAGAAGGAGAAGCGGGACCCACUGGUCAGGACAAGCCCCAGGUGCCCGAGAUCCCCGAGGGCCCCCCGGACCUCCCGCCCGACACCAGGAGGCUCCCUCGGCCCGGGAGCGCCAGGCCGGCGCCCCCCCGGGUGAAGCGGCAGGACAGCGCCGAGGUGCUGGCGGCUGACAGGACCGGGAGCGGGAAGACCGUGUCCAGCGUGAUCGUAGACGCCCAGGCGUCCGACGAUGAGGACGACCAGUUCGUGGUGGAGGCCGAGCCCCCGCUGGCCACAGCGUCGGAGCGCGAAGGGGCGCAAGCGGUGGAGCCGGAAGAGGAUGAGAAGCAUGGAGGACUUGUCACUAAAAUUUUGGAGACCAAGAAAGAUUACGAGAAGCUGCAGCUGCCAGCCGGGCCUGGAGAGAAGGAGAAGUCGCUGGUCUUCGAGUCGGCCUGGAAGAAGGAGAAGGACAUUGUCUCCAAGGAGAUAGAGAAGCUCCGCGCGUCCAUCCAGACACUGUGCAAGAGUGCGCUUCCCCUGGGCAAGAUCAUGGACUACCUGCAGGAGGACGUGGAUGCCAUGCAGAGCGAGCUGCAGCUGUGGCGCAGCGAGAGCCGGCAGCACGCCCGGGCCCUGCAGCUCGAGCAGAGCAUCACUGACUGCGCCGUGGAACCCCUGCGGGCGGAGCUGGCGGAGCUGGAGCAGCUGAUCAGGGACCAGCAGGACAGGAUCUGCGCCGUGAAGGCCGCCGUCCUGAGGAACGAAGAGAGGAUCCAGAAGAUGGUGCACGGCCUCGAUGGGGGUUCGAGAAGGUGAAGCCUCCGCGUGUUCAGCGAGUCAGAGUCUGAAAACGAAGGGGCAGCUAGAACCACAUCGCUGUGUAACUAUGAGUCUGCAAAGAAAAUGAACAGUUAACACAGUCAUCCAGCUAACUUUCUGAGCGUUAGGACUGCAGGCACGUUCAGUGUAUGACACGCGCGUGUUUUCUGCCUUCCUCGGGGAGUCCGCGCUGGUUAUAAAUAGCUCUUCCGAACGCCUGUGUGGGGUCUCCUUGCAGCCUGUUCCCUGCGUCUGCAGGAGCCUGUUGCCUCCACUUCCCUUCCAGAGUUCCCUGGCUGUGAGCGCGCGGCCUGCGAAGGCGGCCACUGUCGCGGAGCUGUUUCUUGGGCUGGCGCGGACUCGGAGGUGGCACCGCGCCAGAGGGUGCGCUUUGGAGGCGCUUUGCAAAUAGAACAGGGCCCGAACGGGGGUAGAUUCUGUUUUUAGUUCAUUUGCACUUGAAAAGGGAUCACUUCAGCCUGUAUUUUUAGAAAGGUACACGGGGAACUUGUUUUUAAUUUCUUUAUAAUUGUGUAUACUUCUUCACGUAAUUGUCCUACUGGUCCCUGUUGUCUUUGGCUUGUGUUUCUAACCCUGAAGUUGAUACAUUUAGGAAGUUCAGUGUGGCCCCCGACCCGGGGUACACGUGCGCCCGCCCCCGGCUGUCCUCACUUCGCUCGACGUCCGUCUGCUGCUUCCCCGCCGGCCACCUGUGCCGCUGCCGAGGGACAGGUGGCCCCGGGGACCCAGAAAGGAUGGCCCACAAGGAGGCGCCGAUUCGCAACGUUUUGGGAUGUUACCAUUUUGGGGAGGAAAUUCCUUUUUACAACAAAGGUUUUUUUUUUUUUAAACAGGGCUUGUACUUAGUUUUUCACGUACAUGUAAUACUGUAUAUACUUACGUCUUCAGGUUUGUAUAUAAAGGUUUCAUUGUUCGGAGACACACUUACUGUUCCUGACGCUGUCGUUUCUAGAGAACAUAUUUAUUCCGUAAACCAAGGAGCUCCGAGGUCGCUGCGGCCGUGUACUUAUAUACAUUGUUGCCGGAGGGGAUUGUUCGCUGGGGGUUAGCACCCACAGCGCAGCUUAGUUUUUCUUAGUGUGAUUUCCAAAAUAAUUCUUUCACUGAGGUAGUUGUAUGAUUUUGUAAGCUGAGUAAGUUCAAGAUCAGUUACCAAGAUCUCCUGUUCAGAAGCAUCGGUCUUCUCCUCUCUAAAAUUCUGCUUGAUCAGAUUAUACGAAACCCCUGGUUGGAGAGGGGAGGCGGUUUAGCUCCGUGGUCCUGCACGUGCCGUCGUCUGCUUCCUGCUGAACCGAGCGGCCUGGCCAGGGCCCCGCCGCCCCGCUCGCCUCCGGUUGGUUUGCCUGUCUUCUAGGGGCUUGUAUAUGUGACUAGAAAUUUUGUGUUGCAAAAAAUUAUAUACUUUGUA